UUUUGAAAUUUUGGUGCCACGAUUUCUCUGAUGAGCGGGAAUUGCCUUUUCUCUGUAAAUGUAAUGUUUGAAUGAAUAACAAAAUAAAUCAAAAUAUCAGAAAACAGAGAGAGAUGAGACGCGGCGGACGGAGAACGGCGACGGAGGCGGCGGUGGAGCAGCGUCAGCUAGGGAACUCACGAGAUUCUGAUGUCAGCUUCGCGAGCAGCCGUCCGUCAUCAGUGGGUAUGGGUCGAGCUUCCGUUGCUUCCGAUGUUUACUCCGACAGAUCUAACCAGGCAUCGGCGAUUCGAGCCAUCAACGCUUUCCUCUCUUCUCAAUCCUUCCCAACCACCCUCCGCACUCACCCCGUCCCUUCCCUCAAGGAUAUCUCCGAAACCCUAAAGUUCCUCAUGUCCGCCGUCGAUUUCCCCUGCGAUGCUCGCAAAUGGGACGACGAUCUCGUUUUCCUUCUCAAAUCCCUCCACUGCCCCUUCAAGCUCACCAAAUCUACACUCCGUGCUCCCAACACCCCUCACAACUGGCCCUCCGUUCUCGCUGUCAUCCACUGGUUGGUCCAGCUUGCUCGCUACCACCACCACUUGUCUUCCAACUCCUCCUCCUUCCUCAAAGCCAACUCCAUGAAUUCAUACGCCGUCGAAAGCUAUCGCCACUACAUUCGCGGCGAGGAUGACUUGGUUGCUGAUUUGGACGCUAACUUUCUGGAGAAGCUGGAGGCGGAGAAGAGCAGUGUGGUGGAGAUCAUCGCUGCUUCUGAGAAGUCUGCCACCGAGUUGGAGGCUAAAUUGGAGGCUCUGAGGAAAGGCCCAUCUAAGAAGGAGGCUCUAGAGAAAGUAAAGGCCGACCUGGAAGAGGAUGCCAACAAGUUCCGCAUCAUCAUCGGGGAAUAUACUGCCCGGAAUUCAGAGAUCGAGAGAGUUCUGGAAGAGAAACACAAGGAACUAACUGUCAAGCAGGAGGAGAGACAGCGGGUGUGCGAGGAGAAUGAAGGGCUGAAGAAGAGGGUUGAGCUUCAGAGUUUCAAUGCAAGAGACGCAGAGAGGAUGAAAAGGGAGUUGCAAGCUGUGGAUAGGGAUAUCGCCGAUGCUGAGGUUGCCAGGGACGCUUGGGAGCAGAAAGCUUGGGAACUCAACACCCAGAUCCGGAAUCAAAUUCACGAGCUUCAGACUCUUGCCAUGGAUUGCAACCAAUCUUUCAGAAGAUUGAAGAUUAACAUCCAGUACAAUUUAAACGAGAAGGGGUCAACACCUGCAGAGGUGAUGGGCGUCGACUACAAAAACAUGGUGAAGCCUGCUUUGAUGUCCUAUGCUGAUGAGAUAAACAAGAACUCCAUGGGGAGGCUGGAGGAGCUGAUCAGCCUUCAACAUCAAUCCUCUGAAAUUGCUUCUAAGAUCACAAACAAAGAGACCCUUCUUGCGUCGCUUCAGUCGCAGAUUGAUGAAAAUGAAGAGAAGAUAAAUGCAGUGAAAAAGGAAAUAGAAGACUUCUCAGCAAAAUGUGAUGCUGAGGCAAAAGUGAUGAUCAAAACUAUCCAAAAGGAGUCUCUUAAUUUGGAUGUUGUGGAGAAAGAAGCUGCUGAGGUGCUGAAGGCAUCUGAACUGAGAUUGCAAGAAGCAGUUCAAAAAAGUGAGGAGGAGGUCCAAGCUUGUGCCGCCCAACUCUUUGCACUUAUCGACUCGGUGUCCAAACAAAAAGAGUACAUGGACACGCAGAUCUCAAAGAUCAGGAAUGGAGUUGCUGAGGUUGCUACAACUGUUUCAGAUGUAUACAAAGGGAGCUUCAAGAUGCACCUUGAAGCAUAAUCCGCUGAACCAACCAGAGGUAACAUAAAGUUGCUUACUUUUUAUGGUUGAAUCUCUGAGUGAGAGAGCCUGCUUUCUUGGACUUGCUUCGUUGCCUCUUCUAUUAUAUCAAUUAAGAAGAAAAGAUGUUUGCAUGAUA